AUGAUUCGAUCUGUGACAGAGUUGAUAAAAUAUUACAAGGUUCUUUUCAAUUACAUUAAAGUCAAACAGGCAUUAGUUGAUGGUAAGUUAACAAAUUAUUAUAAUAAAUUAAUAAUGUAUUUUAUCUUCGUUUAAUAUUUUACGUAAAGAACCAAAUCUUAACUUGUGCAUCAUGGUAAUUUUUUUAUGUGUAUGUAAAAAAUGAAAUUUUACUGAUAAUAUAAACUAAUCUAAGAUAAUUUACAUCAGUACUGUAGUCAGAAAAAAAUUCGACGGGGGGGGAGGCACUUAUAAUUUCUAUUAAUACCUAUUAUAUUUUAAAUUGACAAAAUAUACCAAAAUAACCAUAACUACUAUUAAACGAAUGAUUUCAGGGGGUUCACUUUUUUCCAGUGCCCCCUGGCUACUACACUGCUUUAUAUUGUGAAAUGAUGAAUGUUAAUAUAAUUUGUAGAAUGAAUUUAAUACUUGUAUUUAAUAUACCCAUGAUUAAUUAACUGUUCAAAUUUUGAUCAUUUUAAGGUCUGCGCUAUUCGAAUAAAUGUCUUAAAAUACCAGAUGCUAAGAACGAAUGUUAUAAAUGGAAAGCCCUGUUACUCGAAACCUACGUGUUUAGACAUAAGUUCAUACUCACCCGUUUUACCAGAAUGUGGUUUAAUGGCGCUUAUGCACGUGCUCAUGAAGUAAUUCCAGAUGACAAAAUGCUGAAGUUUACAGAGACCAAAGUAGCAUGUGAAGUAAACGAAGAUAAUUUUAUACGAUUUUCAUUGUCUUCAUUUGUACUUUUUUUUUUAUCAUAGGACAUAAUUAUAGUAGGUUUUUUUUUUUUUUUAAGAUCAAAUUAAUGGUAGAAAAUAAAAAUGGUUUUACCAGAAACCUAAGUAUAAUUGUUAAAGGAAUCACUAAGUCCGAGCGAAAUUUCGAUUGCAUUAAAGAAUUAUUAAAAUACGAACAGGAAAUUGAAAAUGUUGGAUCGUAUCCCGGAGAGUAUUAUUAUUUAUUAGGAAGAGCAUAUGCGAAACAAGGUGACAAUCAAAAAGCUAUAGAAUGUCUCGCGAAAGCUCGUCUUGGACCAAUUGUAUGCCAAAAGGUAAUAAUAACUUUUAAAUUCAAAACUCACAUUAUCUUAAAAUUUGUGUACAAAAAAAAAAUUGUAUUAAAAUAUUAUAGAUUAGAACCAGAACGAAUAACUAACCCUCUGCCAACAAAUUAUCCUAAAACUAAAAAAAAAAAAAACAGAGUAAAUAUAAUACACACGCAUCGAUAAAUAAAUGAUUUUAUCUUAUAAGAUAAAUUAAAAACACAAAAAUGCUUUCAAAUUAUGAAAUAAAAACAUAAAUACAAAAAAUAAAAAUAUUACCUGGCCUAAAGCACACUAAUUAUCUAAAAUAAAUUUAGUUCCUGUUCAUUAGUUUUUUUUUUUUUUUUUAGUUAUUUUGCAUUUAUCAUAUAACUUGAUAUUUUUUAACAGACUCGUCAUAAAAAUAAAAAUAUACAAGAAUUGUACGAAAAACUAUAUAUCUUUAAUCAUGGAGUUUUCUAAAUACUUGAAAGUACGUAUAUUUUAUAACAUAUACUUUAAUUAUUAACUUUUUUUUUUUUUUUAUAACUACUCGUAUGUAUACUUACAGUAUAACUACAAUAAUUAUCUGAAUACUAUAGUAUUAUAUAUUAUAAUAUAUAAUAUAUAUUAUUACUAUAGUUUAGUAUGAAAACGCAGUUUUUCAUUAUUUUUAAAAGUUAUAAAUACAC